AUGGAGAGCAGCCAUGACGUCGGGCAGGCGCUCGUGGGACUUCGUCCGCUCCGCCACAUGCUCGACGUUGACGUGACCGUGCCCAUCUUUGCCGACGACGGGUCGGCACUGGGGCGGCUCGCCGUACGGCUUCGACCGAGCACGACGCCCAGUGUGACCAAUGACAAUCGCGGUGUGACGGCCAAGCGCGUGCCCGACGACGUCGACGAUCUCUCUGACAGCGAAGUCGAGAGCCUCGAGUCGCUCGACGGUGCGUUCAUUUGGCUCUCGCUGGCCACGCACCUUGUUGUUGACAAACCGCCGACACAACUCGCGCUCAAGCAGCAGCAGUACUGCCUCGAGUACACCUUUGGGCAAGCCAACGCGCAGACGACGGCCUUGACCCACGAAGAGACGAUCAAGGUCCUCGUCAACCGCGAGUUCGUUCAGUACGUGAGUACGGACGUCUUGGUCUUCUCUGUGCGCGUGCGUGCUGCGAGCAACGCCAAGACGGACGACUUCGCGAUGGCACCAGCUACCGAACCGGCGGCGACCUCGAAUGAUAGCAAGGCGCUCAUGGAGCAACUGGGGCGCGAGCAUGCGAGCAUGGUGGAGGAGGCAGACAAGGAGCGCAGGCGUAAUGACGCGCUCCUGGCCGAGCUCACCAACCUUGUGUCCCAAGUCAAGUCGCACGAGGACGAGCUGCGCAAGCAGGCCGAGAAGAGCCAGGCAGCGUCCAGCGAGCUUGCGAAAGCGCAAGAGAAGGCGCGGGCAGAUGUUCGCGAGCGCGAGGCCCUGCAGCGCCAGCUCCAAGAAGCCGACGCCAAGUGGCAAGUGCUCGCGACCACCGCCGAGAACGCCAAGUCCAAGGUCUGCUGUAUUCAGUAG